CCCGGACAUAAGAUGGCGGCGGCGUUGCUGGGGAGGCGGCGGCGGCGGUUGCGGCCGUGCGGGCUGUCGCGGAGCGCGGGCGGUGCGCGGCUCUGCCCGGGCUCGCAGGGCGGAUAGAGCGGGGCCGGCGCGGCGGAGCGGGGCCGCCAUGGGCUCCCAGGUGCUGCAGAUCCUGCGCCAGGGCGUGUGGGCGGCGCUGAGCGGCGGCUGGUACCAGGACCCGCACCAGGGCGCGGGGGUCAACGCGCUGCACCUCUACCUGUGGCUCUUCUUGCUCGGCUUCCCCUUCACCCUCUACAUGGCUCUUCCUUCUUCCAUGAUGAUAGUAGCUGUCUACUGCCCAGUGAUAGCAGCUCUGUUUAUCGUUUUGAAGAUGGUGAAUUACCGUUUGCACAGGGCACUGGAUGAGGGAGAAAUUGUGGAGAGGAAUGCCAAUGAGCAUAUGGACAGAGGUGCAAAAAUGGAACAAAGCAGUGUUUCAGCCAAGAGAAAAGACAGCAAUGGGCCCAGUGAUCCUGGUGGAGGGAUUGAGAUGUCAGAGUUCAUACGAGAAGCAACCCCCCCGGUCGGCUGUAGUUCACGCAAUUCUUACGCUGGGGUAGAUCCAAACCACCAGGUUGGGUCUGGGUUAUCUCGUCUGGGAACAGCAGCAACCAUCAAAGGAGAUACUGACACUGCAAAGACCUCUGAUGAUAUCAGUUUAAGUCUUGGCCAGAGUUCUAGCCUAUGUAAAGAAGGGAGUGAAGAGCAAGAUCUGGCAACUGAUCGGAAGCUUUUUCAUCUGGUGUCCAAUGACUCGUUUGUCUCCAUCCAACCCUCGUUAUCCUCUGGACAGGAUUUGCCAAGAGACAACAGUGACAAAGUGUGCCUCUCGAAUAACCAGCUGGUGGACCAGGCUAAGUCUAGUGCGUGUGACACAGAAGUAGCUUCGCUUGUAACUUUGCAUUCUCACUCCUAUAGAAAGGAUCACAGACCACGAGGUGUACCAAGGACUUCUAGCUCUGCUGUUGCUUUUCCAGAUGCUUCACUAAAUGACUUCCCUCUGUAUCAGCAAAGACGAGGACUAGAUCCUGUCAGUGAGUUAGAAGCUUCCAAGCCUCCUGCUGGAUCCAAAGAGUCCUUGGCUGAGAACUCUUGCAUUUCAGGAGUUUUUCAACUAGAUGACAUUCUGAAAAGUAGCAGUCCCCAGCCAUUGGCCAAGAGUGGGAAGAGCAAAUCCUUGAAAGCAGACAGAAGUGUGGACAGUCUGAGAAGCCUCAGUACUAGAAGUAGUGGCUCAACAGAAAGCUAUUGCAGUGGGACUGAUCGUGACACUAACAGUACCAUCAGUAGCUAUAAAAGUGAACAUACUAGCUCAACACACAUAGAAAGUGUGCUGUCAGAGCAUGAGGAGGAAUCUCCUAGAGAAGAAAAGGACAGCAAAAAAAUGGAUUGUGGUGUUGACUCGGAGGAUGACAGUAGCUCUACUACUGACAAAAGGACUAGUAGUGAAAGGACUGCUGUUGAAGUGAGCACUAACAGUGGUGUUCAAGAGGCAAAGGGUUCUAAUGCAUCUGAUGAGAUGCAGAAUCAGAAAGGUCUCAGUGCUUCUGCUUCUGAAGAGGCCAAUAAGAACCCACAUGCCAAUGAAUUGACUACGCAAGCUGACGGGCUGCCUGGGAAGGCUGCUGAACAAAGAGAUGAGCAGAGUGAGAAACUAGCUGUGUUGGUAGAUUCAAGAACUUCUAAAGAAACAGGUGGAAAACAAAAAGAAGGAGAUGUUCGACCAAAGUCUUCUAGCUUAAUACAUCGAACAGCCUCAUCUCACAAAUCAAGCCGGAGACGGACAGGAAAAAAGCGGGCUAGUAGUUUUGACUCAAGUCGGCACAGGGAAUAUGUUUCCUUCCGAGGAGUAUCUGGUACUAAACCCCACAGUGCUGUGUUUUGUCAUGAUGAGGACUCCAGUGAUCAAAGUGACUUGAGCAGGACAUCAAGUAUGCAGUCAGCUCACCAGUUCAGCAGUGAUAGCUCUUCCAGCACCACCUCCCAUUCAUGCCAGUCACCUGAGGGGAAGUACAAUGCUCUAAAGACCAAAUACAUUACUAAAGAGCGUGGGGGCACAGACGCUGAAAAUAUUCACAAAACCCACUUAAGCUCUGAAGGAAUUAGCAAAAAACGGUCUACACGUCGGACUUCUAGCACAAACAGUGCCAAGAAUCGUGCCAGAGUAUUAAGCCUGGACAGUGGUACUGUGGCUUGCUUAAAUGACCCAAAUAGCCUAAUGGCACCAGGUAACAUAAAACAACUAACCACUUCAAAAUCUGAUUUGGAGGCCAAAGAGGGAGAGGUGCUAGAUGAGCUAUCUCUGUUGGGAAGGGCUUCACACUUAGAGUCAGUCACUCGUUCUAGGAAUAGCUUACCAAGCCAGGCUACAUUUCCUGAAGGAGAGGAACAAGAAUCAGCAAGUGGAGCAGCACAAGCCAGCGAGGAGACUGUCACAUUUCGCCGUGAACGCAGCACAUUUAGGCGUCAGGCAGUACGACGCCGGCACAAUGCAGGGAGUAACCCUACCCCUCCUACAUUGCUCAUCGGAUCACCCCUCAGCCUUCAAGAUGGUCAGCAAGGCCAGCAGCCCUCCUCCCAGGCCCCAGUGCAGUCCCGCCCCCCCUGCCAGGCCGCUGGGCUCAGCGCUAGCGCCUCCUUGCUGGUGAGAAACGGCAGUGUCCACUUAGAAGCCUCACAUGCCACUGCAUCUGCUGUAGGCGGUAGCAGUUUGCACGAUGAACUUGGUAAGUUCAGUUCUACGCUCUACGAGACAGGGGGCUGCGACAUGUCACUUGUGAACUUUGAGCCAGCUGCAAGAAGAGCAUCCAACAUCUGUGACACGGACUCUCAUGUAUCGAGUUCUACCUCAGUUCGCUUUUACCCACAUGACCUACUUUCUCUUCCCCAGAUCAGAUUGAACAGGCUGCUAACCAUAGAUACAGAUCUGCUGGAGCAGCAAGACAUUGACCUGAGCCCUGACCUUCAGGACCACAUGCAACCUCAAGAGGAAGCAGCUCAAAAAGUCAAGCAGUACUAUCGCUUUUGGAUACUGCCUAAGCUUUGGAUUAGCAUCAAUUUUGAUAGAUUAACCCUUCUGGCUUUAUUUGAUAGGAAUCGUGAGAUCCUUGAAAACGUGUUAGCUGUCAUCCUAGCUAUUCUAGUUGCAUUUCUGGGUUCUGUACUACUUAUAGAGGGCUUUUUCAAGGAUAUUUGGGUCUUCCAGUUCUGCCUGGUAAUAGCCAGUUGUCAGUACUCACUGUUGAAGAGUGUUCAACCAGAUUCUUCUUCCCCUCGACAUGGUCAUAACCGUAUCAUAGCCUAUAGUAGGCCUGUAUAUUUCUGUUUAUGUUGUGGUCUUAUUUGGCUGUUGGAUUAUGGCAGCAGAAACAUAUCUACAACAAGAUUCAGGUUGUAUGGAAUGGCUUUCACCAACCCAUUGCUGCUGCUGUCAGCCAGAGACUUAGUUAUAGUGUUUACACUAUGUUUCCCCAUAGUAUUCUUUGUUGGUCUCCUGCCUCAGGUGAAUACGUUUGCAAUGUAUCUCUGUGAACAGUUGGAUAUUCAUGUCUUUGGUGGCAAUGCUACCACAAGCCUGCUUGCAGCACUUUACAGUUUUAUCUGUAGUAUUGUGGCAGUAGCAUUGUUGUAUGGACUGUGCUAUGGUGCCCUGAAGGAUUCUUGGGACGGGCAGCAUAUUCCAGUUCUCUUCUCCAUAUUUUGUGGUUUGUUAGUGGCAAUAUCGUAUCAUCUCAGCAGACAAAGUAGUGACCCUUCUGUGCUUUUCUCUUUAGUGCAAUCAAAAUUUUUUCCUAAUUCUGAAGACAAAAACCCUGAGGAUCCUCUGUCUGAAGUGAAAGAUCCUUUACCUGAAAAGCUUAGAAAUUCUGUGAGUGAACGGUUGCAGUCUGACCUGAUUGUGUGUGUUGUCAUUGGUGUACUCUAUUUCGCAAUUCAUGUCAGUACAGUAUUUACAGUUCUACAGCCUAUUUUAAGUUACGUUCUCUAUGCAUUGGUGGGUACAGUAGGCUUUGUGACCCAUUAUGUUCUGCCUCAACUCCGAAAGCAACUUCCUUGGCAUUGUUUUUCUCAUCCCUUGCUGAAAACCAAGGAAUACUAUCAGUUUGAAGUCCGAAAUGCUGCACAUGUUAUGUGGUUUGAGAAACUUCAUAUUUGGCUCCUUUUUGUAGAGAAGAAUGUUAUUUACCCACUGAUAGUCCUCAAUGAGCUUAGCAGCAGCGCUAAGAAUAUUGCUAGUCCAAAGAAACUGGAUACAGAGUUGGGUGCUUUAAUGAUCACAAUAGCUGGCUUGAAGUUACUCCGUUCAUCAUUCAGUAGCCCAACGUGCCAGUACGUCACUGUUGUUUUCACAGUGCUUUUCUUUACUUUUGAUUACAAAAGUUUUAGUGAGACCAUGCUGCUAGAUCUCUUCUUCAUGUCCAUACUCUUCAGCAAGCUUUGGGAACUGUUUUAUAAAUUGAAAUUUGUAUAUACCUACAUUGCUCCCUGGCAGAUCACCUGGGGUUCUGCUUUCCAUGCUUUUGCCCAGCCCUUUGCUGUGCCGCAUUCUGCAAUGUUGUUUGUCCAAGCAGCUGUGUCAGCUUUCUUUUCCACUCCAUUGAAUCCUUUUCUGGGAAGUGCAAUAUUCAUCACUUCAUAUGCCAGACCUGUCAAAUUCUGGGAAAGAGACUACAACACAAAGCGUGUGGAUCAUUCAAAUACAAGAUUGGCUUCCCAGCUUGACAGAAAUCCAGGUUCAGAUGAUAACAACCUGAAUUCAAUUUUCUAUGAACAUUUAACCCGUUCCCUUCAGCACAGCUUAUGUGGAGACUUGUUGCUGGGUCGGUGGGGAAACUAUAGUACUGGGGACUGCUUCAUUCUAGCCUCUGACUACCUCAAUGCACUCGUACACCUUAUAGAGAUAGGAAAUGGCUUGGUCACCUUUCAGCUGCGGGGGCUUGAAUUCAGAGGAACUUACUGCCAGCAACGAGAAGUAGAGGCCAUCACUGAAGGUGUAGAGGAAGAUGAAGGUUUUUGUUGCUGUGAACCGGGCCACCUUCCUCAUAUGCUUUCCUUUAAUGCUGCCUUUGGUCAGCGUUGGCUGGCUUGGGAAGUUCUUGUGACAAAGUAUGUUCUGGAGGGUUAUAGUAUUACUGACAACAGUGCAGCAUCCAUGCUUCAAGUCUUUGAUCUGCGAAAAAUUCUCACCACUUACUAUGUAAAGGGAAUCAUCUAUUAUGUCACAACAUCCCCCAAGCUAGAGGAAUGGUUAGCUAAUGAGACCAUGCAGGAAGGACUGCGGUUAUGUACGGACCGCAAUUACGUUGACGUAGACCCAACAUUUAAUCCCAAUAUUGAUGAGGAUUAUGAUCACCGUCUGGCAGGGAUCUCAAGAGAGAGUUUCUGUGUGAUUUAUCUGAACUGGAUAGAGUAUUGCUGCUCUCGAAGAGAAAAGCCACUGGAUUCAAGUAAAGACUCAUCCUUGGUGACACUGUGUUAUGGACUGUGUGUCCUGGGGCGGAGAGCUUUGGGGACAGCUUCCCAUCAUAUGUCUAGUAAUCUGGAAUCGUUCUUGUAUGGCCUGCAUGCCUUAUUUAAGGGCGACUUCCGUAUAUCCUCAAUUAGAGAUGAGUGGAUCUUUGCUGACAUGGAAUUGCUAAGGAAAGUGGUGGUUCCUGGAAUACGCAUGUCACUUAAACUACAUCAGGAUCAUUUCACUUCUCCAGAUGAAUAUGAUGAUCCUUCUGUCCUCUAUGAAGCCAUAACAACCCAUGAACAAAACUUAGUUAUAGCACAUGAAGGGGACCCUGCUUGGCGGAGUGCUGUUCUUUCCAAUUCUCCCUCUCUUCUUGCUCUGCGUCAUGUAAUGGAUGAUGGCACCAAUGAAUAUAAGAUCAUCAUGCUGAACAAACGCUAUCUCAGUUUCAGGGUCAUUAAGGUGAAUAAGGAGUGUGUGCGUGGCCUGUGGGCAGGACAACAGCAGGAGCUCGUCUUUCUGCGUAAUCGUAAUCCUGAAAGAGGAAGUAUCCAAAAUGCAAAACAAGCAUUGAGGAACAUGAUCAACUCUUCUUGCGACCAGCCAAUUGGAUACCCAAUCUAUGUAUCACCUUUGACUACUUCUUAUUCAGACAGUCACGAACAGCUUAGGGAGAUUCUUGGUGGAGCUAUCAGUUUAGGAAAUAUCAGGAACUUCAUAGUGUCUACCUGGCACAGACUAAGGAAAGGUUGUGGAGCUGGCUGCAAUAGUGGUGGAAAUAUUGAAGAUUCAGAUGCUGGAGGUGGGGCUUCUUGCACAAGUAACAAUGCAACUAUCAAUGAGUCGCAGAGCAGCAUGUCGCAAGGAGGAGGGAAUGCAACUACAGGGCAGGGACCUGGAGCAGUACAGCACCCUCCUGUCACAACUCAUCCCACAACUCAUUCUGCAACUCAUCCUCCAACUCACCCCUCAACUCUGGGCACAAGUCACAGCUCUCACUCUGUGCAGUCAAGCCUUGUCAGACAUUCCCCUGCCCGUGCCUCAGUAGCUAGCCAUUCAUCUUAUUGCUACGGCAGUCGUCAUUCAUCUCUUCGCACAUCCACAACAGGCUUUGUGCCUUGUCGGCGCUCUUCCACCAGUCAGAUAUCCCUUCGUAACCUCCCAUCAUCCAUCCAGUCCCGCCUAUCCAUGGUGAACCAAAUGGAACCUACAGGCCAGACUGGGGGCAGCGUGCAGCAUGGCCUACCUUCUUCUAGCAGCUCCAGCCAAAGCAUCCCAGCCUGUAAACAGCAUGCCCUUGUGGGCUUUCUAGGGACAGAAGGAGGGAAUAAUGCAACUGAAGGUCAGUCAGGUGGUAAUGCAAGCCCUGCAAAUCAAUCGCAAGCCAAAAAGGAUGAAGUUAUUUACAGAAUCCAGAUAAUGGACCCUAGUCAAGUACUGGAAGGGAUCAACGUGUCAAAAAGGAAAGAGCUGCAGUGGCCAGAUGAGGUGAUACGGCUGAAAGCUGGAAGAAACAGCUGGAAAGACUGGAGUCCUCAGGAAGGCAUGGAAGGCCAUGUGAUUCACCGCUGGGUGCCUUGCAGCAGAGAUCCAAGUAGUCGGUCCCACAUAGAUAAAACCAUCUUGCUAGUUCAAAUUGAAGAUAAAUACGUUGCUGUUGUUGAAACUGGAGUCCUUGAACUUGGGGCUGAAGUGUGAAUCUCGGACAGUUAAACUUCUCCAAGGAUUCAGAAGAGAGGAGGGGCCAGAAGAAGCAGCUCCCAGGGCAUGAAACUUUCGUCUAGUUGUAGGAAAGGACUUGAAACACAGAUUUGUCUAAGCCCCUUGCCCCAAAUAAACAAGUGUAAGAAAUUUUAAGUUGUUAGCUGCUGAAGAAACAUUUGCAUGAAGGAUAGAUUUGUUGAGACAUAUCUUCUUGUUUAUAAAUUUUGUUUAUGCAUUGCGUAAUGCUUUAAAUCAACAAACUUUUCAGUUCUAAGAUCAGAGCACCUCAUAUUUUUCUAAUUGUUUUGCCAAAAAUUGCAACGUCUUGUCACAGAGUAUGUGGAAUUCAUUCACCUUAUUUUAAAGAAAUUGACUAGUGUACAAACCUUCAGUUUGAUGAAACACAAUAUAAAGGUUUCAUGUGUGGCAAGAAGAGACUGAACAGAUGUAUAGAUUCUUAUUCCUUAUGAGCUAAAACAUUAAUGAGAACUGCACUAAUUUUUUUACAGCAAUGCACUAAAAACAACCCUGAGAUUGCCGAGAACAUUUAUUUAUAUAUAUAAAUAUAAAUAUAUAAAAACCAUUAUUUAAAUUGCCUUUGGGAUUAAUCCCCUCCCUCUCAAUAUACAUGUUGAUGGUAAGGGCUGUGCCAUGGGUUUGGUUCAGUGUUCUGUAUUUUGUACAAGUGCAUUUGCUGCAUCGUCUUCACAAUAAAUGGUGAAAUAACAAAUGUUGAGAGAUGUACCUGAAUAGCCCUGUACUACAUCAGACUUUACUGUGGCGGCACACUUGGUACAUCAAGUCUGUACAACACAUCUAGCUUUAAAAUGGACCCCAGUAUACUCUUCCAUCUGUCCUCCACUAGCUAGCCAUGGCUACUUUGCUGCUUUACACCCAGAGCUGGCUAUGUUGUUUUUGCUGGCUCUUCUCUUGCAGAGAUGGUUAUUUUUGUUGUUGUUGUUUGUUUUUUAAUGGGGAGGGGCAGGUCCAUUGCUUCAUGGAUUCUUGAAGUUUUUCUUGAUUCCAUCCAAUUAAAUAAUAAUAAAAAAAACUUGACUUUACCUUUUUAAAAGGCUUUUAUAGAAGGCACAGCCCUAAACUUGUAUCACUUUUACCACCUUGCCUUUUCUUUCCCUUUAGUCUUCAUUCUUUUCUAUGACUUGAAUUUUAUUUUCAAUGAUUAUAUAUUCUAUGUAAGUGUAAUUUGAGUAUUUAUAACUGUGAAGUUGGAUUAUUCAUGUGUUACAUAUCCUAGGUUUUAUUGUAUUUUUUUUUUAAUGUGUGUAUUCAGGGAAACAAGUAACUCAAAACUCUCAUGGGAAUGCGAGAGGGGAAACUGCGGUUUGUUCUCUGACUUGCAGCUCCUAUGACUCGCUUCUCUCAAUCCAUAAGAAAAAAAAAAUGUACCUGUUGUGAUCAUUUCCUGUUUCUGAUCUGUGAUAAUGUAGGACUUUGUGGGGAAACAGUCCUAGCUUUUGGGAGCAGCCAUCUUCUUCCUGGUCACUUCCACCUCUUCCUAAAUAACAUAACCAGAAGACACUUCUGGUGUGUCACAGAGAUUAUUGUAAUUAUUUCUCUGACAUCAGAGAAAUCUUGUUCAUUAUAUACCUAAUGUAAGAGUGAAAUUAUAUGGGAUGAGGAAGAAUGCAGGAGGAAACAGUUAGCUAAAAAAGAUGAUGUUCUUACUCAAGUCACUGUAUGCUUUCUAGCCAAGAGAGGAUAGUUCUGAGUGCCUGGUAGCUAGUCAGUUGUUAGUACUGGUGCCAGUGUCUUAUGCUGGGGCCUCGCUUACAUCAUACGCUAUGCAAAGCUUGUACUGUGCAUUUAUGAUUGCAUAUUACUCUUCUGUUUAUGCAUAUAUAGUCAUAUUUAAUGUUGGUAUAAAUGCACAGUUUUGGAUCUGCCACCUUUGAAAUAAUUUUGCUGUGCUACAUGUGCACAUUAUAGUGUAGUUGAAUUCAUCUCCUGCAUAUCUGCAAAUGUAGCACAACCUUUCUUCAGCAGUCUUGUAACUUUCCUGCUGGGAGCAAAGGAGAGGGGUACAUUUGAAUUGAAGCCUUUUUAUUUAAGGUUUUAUUCUAUGUCCUUCCCUUCAGAUAAUUACAGGGUUUUGUGUACCUCUAGGGAUAUUGCUUCAUAAAGAUUCUUUAGAAAAUAAUUUCUUUGGAAAUAGGCCCACAUUUGAUACUAGUUGCAAAGUUGUUUUUCUGUAGUGAAGCCUGGAGAUAAACAGAUGACUGAAAAACAAAGUACGUACAUAGUUGUUUAAAACUUGAUUGAAGCAACACUUUCAGUAAGUGAAUGCUGACUUUGAACAAUCUUUUCUACACUCUUUAAGGCAAGAUGGUGGCAAUGUCCGUUGCUGGGAAUGUACAUGGUAGAAAUCAAUAACCUGUUAACAUUAAAAAGGUGGUGGUGGGGAAUAAUUGCCUGGAAUUAGAUUAGGAGACUGUAGAUGGCUGGGUGGGGAGAAGACCUUUCCUAAAGGGUAAAGAGUUGAUGAAUCGUUUGUUUGUUUUCUAUCUUGAGGCUUCUAGUAUGCUGCCAUUAGGAGAUGGAUUAUAAUGUGGCCAGUUAACAGGUUAAUAUCUUCUUUCAGAUAUUCAGCUAACAUCUGUUGUGAAGUCAUUCAAAUAGUGCUUGUGUUUAUUCCAGAUCUGCUCAACUGAAAUAACCUAGUUGCAAUUUCACUCUUUCAUAAGGUUUUGUGAAAAUGAACUUUUAAAAAUUUUCUCGUAUUCAGGACUCUUAAGAUUUGUGUAUGAUUGUAUGUUGGUUUGUGUGAAAUUAGUUUCUUGGUUCCACUGUAAAAGUGUCAAAACCCAUCAGAUAUUUUCCUCCAACUCCUAACAGGAUAGAUAUGUCCAUGGAGGACUAUUCCAGAUAGAUAUAACUUCAUUUUUGUUUUUUUCUUUGGCCUUAGUCUUGAUGUAUAGUAUUUUUCUUUUGUUGUGAGUAUAAAGGAUAACUGAAGUAGUGUCCUAUCAGUCCAGACUGACCUCAGCAUAAGACUGUUUAGAUCUUUCUAAACUUUCAUGAAAACCCUUUAUAGAAGAGUACUUUAACUCUGUCCAGUUGCGUUGUAUGAUGCUGUUCUUUUGCCAUACAGACAUUCCAGUUGAGUCGUCUUGUUUUAGCUUCCAGGUAGAUCCCCAUCUAUUUUGUUUCCCUUUGAUUUCUUUAAAGGUGGUAUCUAUGGAUACAUGUAUAAAGACCUACUACUUCACUAAAACACAAUUACAGAAUAGUGUUUAAUAACCCCACUAAGCAGAUAAUGUUCAUCAGUAAAAUGCUUGUCAUUUUAAAUUUUUCCCACAUCACUUGCCCAUGAAAUCUUUUAAAAUAUUCUGUUUAAAAAAAAAACAAAAAACCCCACUAACAUGCAUAUGUAACACUGAUACCUACAAUUCUGAGCCCCUUAUGAUGGUAACUGUGGAGUGAUGAAUUCUGGGGAUCUCUGUUGUAAUUCAGCAUUUGUGAAGUGACUUCAGAGCGGGGAGGGUUUGUGUAGGUGGGUUUUCUUUUUGUUUUGGAUUUUUUUUUUUUUUUUUUUGGUAAUUCCAUUUUAGGGUGAAUGGUCCUGUAGCCAGUUUGCUGAGACAUUUGCUAUGUUUCAAAGUGUUGACCUCAGUUUUCAUAUCAGCUGUGUAGUUCAUGGUCAGGCAUUCCUCAUCCCCACAUUCACAACCCUUUUGGGAAGUGAAGAACUCUGACAAGCCUAGAUGACUGAUGAGAUGAAAGAUGAAAACAGUUGCGGCACAGGCAAGGGUCUGUGCCCUUGGCUGUCUGGCAGAUUGCCAUAAAGCUUUAUCCCAUGUGGGUUGGUAGGAGUGGGGAGAGAUGCCUUGCAGUUGGAUCCAACUUCAGGUCACUUCACUGCUAAUACACACAACACCAUGCAACCUAGGAGUAUAGACACAAAGUUCCUUUAAAGAUUUUUCUCAAUUACAUGCACAAAAUGAAGCAGGAUAGAUUGCAUUUCUUAAAAUUAACAAUAUUAUUCAAAACAUGUAACUUAGACUGGAUUUGGGGUUAUACCACCACAGGUUUUAUGUACUUAAUUUUAUUAAGGAAUUUUAUACCUAUUAUAUAGGCAUCUACUUUUUUGUCUGGCUUAGUAUUUGAUAAUGCAUUACAUUCAAUGAAGCUAGACACUCAAAUUGUACUGGUAAUUACUGGUGCCUUAGUAAAAAAAAAAAAAAAAAAGUGCGUACAUAACACCUUGGUGGAAAGUAAAGCAUGUGGCUUGUUUCACCCCAGCAUGAUAUGCAUAUUUCCAAAAAGGUGAUUGAAGAUGGCUGCUCCAAAAGAUUUCAGGAGUAUACAUGCAUCACUCAGUCACAAACAUCUGAAUAUGAGCAAUUUUUAUGACUUCUGGUAUGUACAGUUUGAAUAGAUAACCCCAGUACAUUUAGUUCACAACUUUGAAAGAUGGAAAUCAAAUAGCUGGAUAUGUUAACUUGUUACAUAAAGACCCCAGAAAGCCUGACAACAAGCUCUUGAUUGGGAAAUGGAGGAAGAGGAGAGUAGAGCCAUAAAGGAAAGAGGAUGGCUUUGCUUUUAAUGGACAGUGAAAAAAUACGUUGCCUCUACCAGCAAAUGGAUACCUUGCCAGGGAUAGGGAUAUGUGUACCUGCGUGUCUGUGAGUGUGUAUGUGUCUGCGUGUGUUACUGGAAACAGCCUGUAAAUAUUGUAGCUGUUUAAAAUGGAAAAGGCUGAGGGGUUUUUUGCAACAUGUUGCAGCAAAAGGACAGUAUUGACAGUGAAGAAACACUGAGAAAUAAAAUAAAAAACAAAGUUUUCA